AUGUCACGUUUCUUUGUUAAGUAUGACUCUGAUUCAUCUUCAGAAGAAGAAGACUUGUUGAGUUCCGAUGAGGAAGAAGCAUUGGUCGUUUCUUCUUCUCCUGAACAAGAAGAUGAUGACAGUGACUUUUUCAAAGACUCCGACAGCGAAAGUGACAGCGAUAGUGAUAGUGAUGCCCCUAAGGGUCCAUCUUACUUCUUAAAGAGAUCUUUCCUCAAAGGUGGUAACGAUUCAGACUCCGAUAGUGACGGGGAAGAUAGAAGAGUGGUCAAAUCAGCUAAAGAAAAGCUAUUUGAUGAUAUCAAAGAAACUAUUGACAAGUUGGAAAUUGCCAAAUUAAUCAACAAUUGGAUAAAUGCAUUGAACGAGUUUGACAAGUUGGGUAAAUUGUUGACCAGAUCCCACCAGCAAAACUUUGGUACACCAAACUUUUAUAUUAUUGCCUUGGCUGAUUUGGAGGAUUUUGUCAACGAAGCCAAUACCAAUAACGAAGAUAAAGAUAAAAAGAAGAUUCCGGCUGACCAGUCCAGAGCGUUCAACACUUUGAGGCAAAGAGUCAAGAGACACGCCAAGGAGUUCCAAGCUUUGGUUGAUUUGCGUAGAGAAUCCCCUGAGUUGUUUGAAUCUGAGGACCCAGUUGAAGUUCCAUUGGCUUCUGGUGUUAGUAAGACAGGUGAAGAAUCUGGUUUUGCUCCUUCUAGUGCCAGCAGAAACUUGAGUCCUGUGUUCACGACUUUGAAGCAAAUCAGUGAAAGCAGAGGUAAAAGAAACAUUGACAAGUUUGAACAAAUCCAAAUUUUAGAAACCUUAUUACAAGAAACCAUCUCAGGCAAAACGUUCGAGUUGAUUUCCAUCUACCAAAUGUUGAUUUCGGUGAGAUUUGAUGCUUCUGCUAACCAAACAUUCAUGCCUUUAGACCAGUGGCAAAAGAACUUGAAUGAUAUAAAUUUAUUUUUGGACUUGUUGAAAAAAUCCAGCACGUCUUAUCAGGUCAGUGAAUUAGGAAAAACCACUGAUGAUAUUGAUAUUGAGCCAGAAGCAAACGCCGACGGUGUCAAGAUAAUUUUUGGUUCUAUCAGUUCUUUAAUCGAAAGAUUGGAUGAUGAACUAACCAGAUCUUUACAAAGCACCGAUCCUCACUCGAUUGAAUAUGUUGAAAGAUUGAAGGAUGAAAGCAGCAUCUACAAAUUGAUCUUAAAGGGACAAUUAUACGUUGAAUUCACUACUCCUCAAGAUAAGAUUACCGAAGUCAACGACCAAUUAUCCAGAAUAAUUUCAAGAAGGUUGGACCAUAUUUAUUACAAGCCAGACCAGUUGAUAAAAUCCAACGAAAGAGAUGCCUGGGAAUCUGUCGAUGCUUCUACCAAGUCCGUUAUUGCGUCAAGAGGUGCUUCUCCUAAAGAAUUGGUGGAAGGAUUGGUUGAUUUCUUAUCUGAAAACUCGACCGAAAUCUAUUCUAAAAAGGCCUUGUUGAGCAAGAUCUACUAUUUUGCCGUCAAUAAUGACCACAAGACCGCCAACGAAUUGUUUGUUUCGUCUAGAAUCUAUUCCACCAUUCAUAAUGCUGAUUCUUCGUUACAAAUUAUGUACAAUAGAGCCUUGGUUCAAUUAGGGUUAAGUGCUUUCAGAGUUGGUUUAAUUGAAGAAAGUCAGCUUGCAUUGAAUGAGAUUGCUUACUCUCAAAGAUCUAAAGAGUUGUUAGGUCAAGGUUUCAAUACUAAGUACCCAAGUCAGGCAACAGUUUCUGAAAGACAAAAGUUGUUACCAUUCCACAUGCAUAUUAAUUUAGAAUUAUUGGAAUGUGUUAACAUGACAAGUUCUUUGUUAAUUGAAAUUCCAGCCUUGGCACAAUCUUCCAGUUCAACCAAGGACUCCAAACGUAAGGCAUCUGCCAGAUCCUUCAAGAACAAAUUGGAAUUCCAUGAUAGACAAUACCUUACUGGACCUCCAGAGAGUAUUAAAGAUCACAUUAUCCAUGCUUCCAAAGCAUUGCAAAAAGGUGACUGGUCUAAGGCUUACAACUUGUUAGCAUCCAUCAAAGUGUGGAAGUUGUUCCCUAAUAAUGCCGAAUUGUUAGAGAUGAUGAAGCAUCAAUUGCAAGUGGAAGGUUUAAGAACUUACAUCUUCACCUAUAAAUCGGUUUACACCAAAUUAUCGGUGGAUUUAUUAUCCACCAACUUCAAACUUGAAGACGACAAGGUUGUGUCCAUUUUGAAUAAGAUGAUUGAAUCUGGUGACAUAAAUGCUUCUUUAAGCGAGGAUAAGAAGUUCAUAAACUUUUCAAGUAACGAGACUCAAAGAACCAGAUUACAAGAAUUGGCCAUCAUAUUGAAUGAAAAGGUUGGUUUGUUGACCGAAAAGAAUGAAAAGACUGCUUACCACGGACGUGGUAGAAAGAGUCAUCAACAGAACCAAGACGGUCAACAAAGAGAUCAAAACAAGGAACAAACUCCUCAACAACAGUCCAAAGACCAAAGAGAACCCCAAGAGGAAUACGUUAACAGAUUCAGAUUGGCUAAUGUUAACUCCAAUAACGAUGAAUUUCAAGCUACUGCUUAA